AUGUUCUGCCUCAAAGUUGGACACCUUCUCCCCUACUCCAUGUCAGAUUCCAACACAACCGAAUUCACCAACCCCUCCACCUUCAUCCUGCUGGGCAUUCCUGGGCUGGAGGUGGCCCAUGUCUGGAUCUCCAUCCCCUUCUGCACCAUGUACAUCAUAGCCAUCUUGGGGAACUUUUCCAUCCUUUUCAUUGUGAAGAGGGAGCCUAGCCUCCAUGGGCCCAUGUACUAUUUCCUUUGCAUGCUGGCCGUCACCGACCUCAUCCUGUGCACGUCCAUUCUGCCCAAAAUGCUGAGCAUCUUCUGGUUCAAUUCCAGGGAGAUCGAUUUCAGUACCUGCCUCACCCAGAUGUACUUUAUUCACUGCUUUACAGCAGUGGAGUCUGGGAUCUUUGUGGCCAUGGCUUUUGAUCGCUACGUGGCCAUCUGUGAUCCUCUGAGACAUUCCACCAUCCUGACAAACCCUGUAGUGGCCAAGAUCGGCCUCACUGUGUUGUUGCGCGGUGGCAUUCUCAUGCUGCCUCAUCCCUUCCUGGCAAGUCGGUGGCCAUAUUGCAGAACCAACAUCAUCAACCACUCGUACUGUGAGCACAUGGCUGUGGUGAAACUAGGCUGUACCGACUUCCGCAUCAGUAGUUACUAUGGCCUCUUUGUGGUAUUCUUCGUGGCUAGUCUGGAUUUGUUUUUUAUUGCUGUGUCCUAUAUUCAGAUCCUUAGGGCCAUAUUCAGCCUCCCAACAAAGGACGCCCGGCUCAAGACUUUUCAGACAUGCAGCACCCACCUUUGUGUCAUUUCAGCCUCUUACAUCCCAUCUCUCUUCUCCUUCUUCACACACCGGUUUGGCCACAAUGUGGCCCUGCAUUUCCAUGUUCUCAUGGCCAAUGUGUACCUCCUGCUGCCCCCCAUGCUGAACCCCAUCAUCUAUGGGAUGAGGACCAAACAGAUCCGGGACAGGCUUCUCUGGCUCUUUAGUCAUAAAGGGGCCUAA